AUGCCUGCCCAGCAAGGGGAGGUGGCUCUCUCGACUCUCUUUGCCGAUGUGCAUUACGUCUUUAGCCCUCCGCAUGUGAAACCGCCUCAUCACCGGUUCGACAAGACAUGCUAUGUCUACCUCUAUCACAAUCCAAUCCAGCGGAGGGGAAGGUUGGAGGUUGCCAAUUAUGCGGGAACACCUGAGCAGGAUGCGUUUGUAGGCUAUCUCGAUAUGGUGCGCAUUGAGCGCUCUCACAAGCACCCGACCCUCUUUACUAUAGUCGUAGACGGCCUCACGCCACAGAAUGGCAGCGCAGGCUCAACACCGCAGACAGACUUGUCGCAAUGGCACCUCCCGGCUCCAGACCAGCGCGGUGAAGGCAGAUACACGUACCGGCUCCAUACUGUGGAAAUGUACUUUUGGACAGUAGACGACUCGGAGAUGUUCCUUGACUCGUUGAAAAGAGUGGUGCAUGAGAGUCAACUGAGACUCCUAGACGCGCCCCAGCAACAACAGGUGCCAUACCAACAACAGCAGCAAGCCCAAGUUGCCGAUCACAGACAGUCCACCGUGAGUCCGGUCGUUCAGAAACUGGAACAGGUCGCCAUCUCGAAGCCAUAUCAGGGGCAAGGACGCCCUGAUAGCAUCAGCACCACACACUCCUUCCCCGGCCCACCCACUGCUCCAACACCGUCCAACCCGCAUACGACUUCUUCACCUCCCCCAGUAGAAGCACCUGCGAAUUAUGCCCCAAUGGCCUACAAUCCCGCCGCGCCCGCCGCCCCAGAGCCCAUUGCGCAUCGUGAACCGACUCCUCCACCCCCAGAAGCCGAGCACGGGACUGGUCUCACUGCAGCUGUAGCUCAGGACCAUGGCAACCAAUAUGCGCCACCACAUCUUCAACACCAAGGGUCGUUCCCACAACAGACCGGGCAACAACCAUAUAUGCCAGGCCCACCACCACCACAACAACAGGGUGUAGGCAGCUUCUCGCCUCCACCAUCGGGUACACCAGUAGGGAUCCAGAGAACAAACACGACGAAUUCGUUCCCGCCGCCACCACCGCAAGCCCAGUCAUUUGCGCCCCCUCCAAAUCAACCACAGAACACGGGUACACCCCCUCAAGGCAUGCACCAGCAGCAACAGCCCUAUGGCGGUUACCAUAGCCAACAGCUUUCAAACUACCCAGGAUCGCCAGGACAUCCGCCAGUACAAUCUCCAGGGUUUCAGCCUGUUCAGUCCCCGGGUUUCCCGCCAAUCCAGUCGCCAGGCUUUCCUCCCGUGCCGGGCAACAAACCACCAUCACAUUCUCCAAGUCAACCGCCAACACCAGGGUAUGCGCCUCAACCAUCUCCUGGUAUGCCUCCAGGUGGUUAUACCCAAUACAACUAUGCGCAGAACAUGUCCUCUUCAGACCCAUACGCUGUUCACCAGCAGGCAUACCGGCCGACAGAAAACGAAGCUGCACACCACAAACCACCUGCGCAGGCAGGCCAGAAGCCUGGCCGAUUUGAGACUGGGGCGAAGAAAUUCGAGAAAGGAGUUGGUGGAUUCUUGAAGAAACUCGACAAGAAAUUUUGA